UCUUCUUAAAAUCGAUCAAAAAUCUAAUCAAAACCUUCAAAAAGAUUUUUCUGUUCCUCUGGGAUAUUCAGUGAAGAAGGAAAAUAGUGUUUUGUAUUCCGAUUCUCUUUUAAAUUAUAGUUUUGUUCCUGAAAAUCGGAGAAGAUGUCAUUGAGACCAAACUCGAGGACGGAGGUUCGAAGGAACAGGUACAAGGUGGCGGUGGACGCUGAGGAAGGAAGGCGGAGGAGGGAGGAUAACAUGGUGGAGAUUAGGAAGAAUCGCCGUGAAGAGAGUUUGCAGAAGAAGCGACGUGAAGGGCUUCAAGCGCAGCCAAUGCCUGCUUCUCUUCACUCCUCUGCCGUUGAGAAAAAGUUGGAAAAUUUGCCAGCCAUGGUUGCUGGUGUCUGGGCUGACGAUAGUAAUAUGCAGCUUGAGGCAACCACACAGUUUAGGAAGUUGCUUUCAAUUGAACGCAGCCCACCUAUUGACCAAGUGAUACAAGCAGGAGUUGUUCCUCGCUUCAUUGAAUUCCUUGCGAGGGAUGAUUUCCCACAGCUUCAGUUUGAGGCAGCUUGGGCCCUAACUAAUAUUGCUUCUGGGACAUCUGAGAACACAAAGGUGGUAAUUGAUCAUGGGGCUGUUCCUAUAUUUGUGAAAUUGCUUGCUUCACCAAGUGAUGAUGUUCGUGAGCAGGCUGUCUGGGCACUGGGAAAUGUUGCUGGAGAUUCUCCUAGAUGUCGUGACCUGGUUCUUAGUCAUGGUGCUUUGCUUCCUUUGUUGGCACAGUUAAAUGAGCAUGUUAAACUUUCUAUGCUGAGGAAUGCAACAUGGACUCUCUCAAACUUUUGUCGGGGAAAGCCCCAGCCUCCCUUUGAUCUGGUUAAACCUGCACUUCCUGCAUUGACACACCUUAUUCAUUCAAAUGAUGAAGAAGUCUUAACUGAUGCAUGUUGGGCGCUCUCAUAUCUUUCUGAUGGUACAAAUGACAAAAUCCAAGCUGUUAUAGAAGCAGGUGUUUGUGGGCGUCUGGUGGAGCUCUUGAUGCACCCAUCUCCUUCAGUGCUAAUACCUGCUCUUCGCACAGUUGGAAAUAUUGUCACAGGAGAUGAUGGUCAAACCCAGUGUAUUAUCAAUCAUCAAGUGUUGCCAUGCCUUCUAAACCUCUUGACAAAUAAUUUCAAAAAGAGCAUCAAGAAGGAAGCUUGUUGGACAAUCUCAAAUAUCACAGCUGGAAAUAAGGAGCAGAUACAGGCUGUAAUUGAAGCUAAUAUUAUAUCUCCACUGGUUCAUCUGCUUCAAAAUGCUGAAUUUGAUAUCAAGAAAGAAGCGGCAUGGGCCAUCUCAAAUGCCACAUCUGGUGGUACUCAUGAUCAGAUCAAAUUCCUUGUUAGUCAAGGUUGUAUAAAGCCAUUGUGUGAUCUUCUUAACUGCCCUGAUCCAAGGAUUGUAACAGUCUGUUUAGAAGGGCUUGAAAACAUUUUGAAGGUAGGAGAAGCUGAUAAGAACCUGGGCACUACCGGAGGAGUGAAUCUCUAUGCACAAAUGAUUGAUGAUGCUGAGGGUCUGGAGAAGAUCGAGAAUUUACAGUCCCACGAUAACACUGAGAUUUAUGAAAAGGCUGUGAAAGUUCUCGAGACAUAUUGGUUGGAGGAGGAGGAUGAGACAAUGCCGCCAGGUGAUGCCUCUCAAACCGGGUUUCAUUUUGGCGGGGGUGAGCUUCCUGUUCCUUCAGGGGGAUUCAAUUUCAGCUAGAGGUAUGUAGUGCUGCUGUUUGCAUGCAUUUGUUUUUGUGUUGGUGCACUAGUGGGAGCGUGUUAUGUCGUUUGAGAUGGGACUGCAUAUCUGACUACCAUUUGUAUGCUUUUGAGCUAUAAAAGCUGUUAGUAUUCCAGGAUUUAUCUGGUCCAGUAUUGAAGUCCUUAUGGAGAUGAUGGGACAAUAGUUUUGUGGGGGUGUUCCAGUUGAGGCAUCUAGUCUUUGGGUUGUGUCCACAGUCGGGUAUGGUCGAAGGUACAGUGUGAAUGGUAGUGGGCUGGCGUGGGUUAACAGCACAGCCAGGUUCAUAUUAUGCAUGAAGUGGGAGUGGAGACAGAAUAGAGCUUGGACAGUAAAUUGAGGAACCCAGACUGAGUCUAUAUUUAAUGGUCGUAAAACAAAUAUAUUGUGUCUUUGCAAUUGCAAAAGCUUGGUUUGAUGAUUUUGGCAUAUGCCCAGAGCAGUUAUGAUUCACGGGAAUAUGCUUUUGUAACUAUGUAAAUCCGAACGACUCCAGUUAGAUUGUUUUAUAUGUUGCUUUGAAGUGGAAAUAGACAUAUAUAAUUGUUGGUUUGA